CUACAGUGUAGGUUGACAAUUCAUAGUCGAAACAGAACAUUCAAGUUGUUAUUGUCUUCGUAUAGUUUUUUUAUCUGAAAAAACAUAUGAGCUAGCCUAAUGGCAUACAAAUUACAACAAAUAGUUUGGGCAAAAUUGGUGGGUUACCCUCGCUGGCCGGCAGUUAUAAUUAAUGAAUGGGAAGAAGAUUUGGGAAAGUCUCCUGAAAAAUCAGAAAGAGAAUUUUACCCUGUUCGCUUUUUCGGAGAACAUACAACUGCAUGGCUGGAACUGAAAAAAAUAAGUGAUUAUGAAAAAAAUAAAAAGAAAUACUUGAAGGCUCCUAAAACGCUGUCAUUCUUAAAAGCUAUCAACGAAGCUGACGAUCAUUUGCAAAAGCAAAAACAAGACAGUGGAUACCACAUUAAUUUCAACAUAUCAAAAUCGAAAAAACGAAAACGGCCUUCCGUGAAAAACACUCCAGUUAAAAUAGCAAAGACUAGAGCGUCUAUUGCCGAUGAAGACACAGAAGAUACAGGUUAUGAUUUGAAGGAGACAUAUAAUAUUGGUGUCAUUGGCAUGGGACUAGUUGGAGAAGAAAUUACUAAACAUUUUAUAAAAUCGGGUCGCACUGUUAACAUAAGCAAUCGAAGAAUUAAAAAAUGCCGGAAACUGAAAAGAACAUUGGAUCAGACAAAAAAUAUAAAAAUUAUGAUAACCCCAAGAGCUGUUUUACUAAAAUCUGAUAUCAUAUUUGUUUGCCUGUCAGAUGACGAAGUUACCAAACAUGUUAUAGAAUGGGAGUUUGAAGCGGCAAGUGAAACUGAAAAUAUGCUAGAGGGUAAAUGUAUUCUUGUAAUGACUAGAAUUAAACCAGAAAGCUCUGUAAUAUUCAGCGACAGAAUUAAAUCUAAAGGUGGAAAAUAUUUAGAAUUGGCAUUUCAAGGUCACAGAAAGGAGAUUAAAGAAGGAACUAUCACGUUAUAUACUGCUGGAGACCAAAGUUUAUUUAAUAUAUGUCAACCUUUCUUUGAAAUGAUAAGCAAAGCUUCAUACUAUUUUGGAGCAGCUGGGAAUGGAAUUAAGAUAAACCUUAUUGUUCAAAUGAUAAAAGGAGUUAGUUUGGGUGCUUUUUCAGAAGGAAUGUCAUUGGUAGAAAGACUGGGAAUUCCACCCAAAAUAUUUUUAGAAAUUUUUAAUGAAACUGAUAUGAGUUGUACUUAUUUAAGAAACAAAGGGAACUUGAUAAUUGAAAGUACUUACGGCAACACGGAGCAACCUCUACAUCAAAUGCAAACAGAUUUAAAAAAUAUAUUGGAGAUUUCUGAACAGGUCCAACAACGAGUUCUUUUAGCAAAUAUGGCCCACGAAAUCUAUAAAGACUGUAUACGUGUACAGUAUGGACAGGAUGAUGUAUCUGCGAUAAUUGUAAAGCAUAAAUUCUAUUAA